UAAAAAAUUUUUUUAAAAAUAUUAAAAUUCUAAAGUAAUUAAGUGUUUACCGUUAACAGUUUACUAUAUAGUAAUAUUAGUUAAAGAUUUCAAUUCGUGUACAUUAUUUUAUUCAUUAUGCCACAGGGAAAAUUCAAAAAUAAAUCACAAGUUUCUUUUUCAAAGAAAAAGAGAAACGAACCAAAUAAAAGUAGAAAAGCAUGUCCAAUGCCUUCAAAAAAACACAAGUAUGAAGAAGGUCAGCGGAUUAAACGUAUGAUAAGUAAAAAUGUUAACAAAAUGGCUGAAGAUGAACUAAGAUCAUUGGCUAUGGAUAACAAGAAAGUGUUUCUUUCAAAGAAGAAGAAGCAAGUUGCGCAAACAGUUAAAGCUGCAGACCCUAAACCUAAACAAAUCAAGGUUACACAAAAAUAAGCUUGCUAUGUUAAAAUAUGUUUGAUAUAAAUUAUUUUGAAAAUACAUAUUUCAAUUUUUUUUCACAACAUCGGACAAUAAAGAAGUAAAUUGUUUAAAA